ACUUCCUGCAGGCUUCUUUAAUGCAUUCCCAGUGACUACUUUCAAAAGCAAAACCGAUCACAAGACUAUACAGUACAGCUUUUAUUUUGCUGGUUUUUAAUUCAAGGGAAAGCUUGAGCUAGAUGUAAUGGAAGUGUGUGAUUGUUUAAGAUGAGGAUCAGUGGUGUAGGAAAUAUGCUGCUAAGAACAGCUAUGGCGGUUGAAAGGGACGUGUUGGUACUUACUGGGGUGCACCCAACUGUACCCCAAUGUCUUUAAAGGUGAUCGAUGGUUCGGAUCGGAUCAAGAAUCCUUACAGCAGCAGGGAAGGGAACACCUCAUCGAUCUCUCUUCCUGACUAAAACCCUUCAAACCCUAAUAAAUAAUUGCGUCGAAGAAAAGGCUAGUAAAUUAAUGGAUGGGAGAGAGGGAAUGGCAAUGCCAAGUUCAUACUACCUCCACAGGGGAGGGAUUGGCGGGUCCGGAGGUCCAGGACCUGGCCACAACAUCCACGGCGCGGGCGGAAGCUCAGCCUCUGGUCCUUCCGGCAUGAUCCACACAUCCCCUGUUUUCAAGACGCUCUCGAACCCUAACAUCCCAGUUCAAUCCAGCGUAGGUGCUGCAAGCGGAUCUUUCCAUGUCGAGGAUCCAUCCCCCAAUUUUCCACACGGCAUGAGCAUGGCCGUCGUCUCCAGUGCAGCACAGAGCGCAGAGCAGCCAGUAAAGAAGAAGAGAGGCAGACCUCGAAAAUAUGGCCCUGAUGGAUCCAACAUGUCCUUGGGGCUGUCCCCCACGCCUCCCUCCAAGCCAUCCAGCGCCGUCGUGGUGACCCCCGGCGAAAGGGCUCGGAGAGGCCGCCCGCCGGGGACUGGCUGGAAGCAGAAGCUCGCUCCACUUGGUGAAUGGAUGAACAGCUCUGCUGGAGUAGCCUUUGCGCCUCAUGUUCUGCACAUUGGAGUUGGAGAGGAUGUUGCUGCAAAGAUACUUGCAUUUGCGCGACAGAGGCCAAGAGCUCUGUGUAUCAUGUCGGGUAAUGGAUCGGUUUCUGCAGUGACGCUACGCCAUCCAACAGCUUCCGGUAGCAUUGUCACAUACGAGGGGCGUUUUGAGAUACUGUGCUUGUCGGGCUCUUACUUAGUUGCUGAAACAGGCAGUCCUCGCGACCGGACUGGUGGUAUAAGCAUUUCAGUCUGUAGCCCUGAUGGACAUAUAAUUGGCGGCGCAAUAGGCGGGAGGCUCAUUGCAGCAAAUCCCGUGCAGGUUGUGGGCUGCAGUUUUGUGUAUGGCGGAACAAAGGGAAAGACUAAAGCCGGAUCGGAAAUAAAAGAUGAGAAGUCUCCAAAUCCUAUUACUGUAGCUUCUACACAUGGUUAUAAUCCUAAUUCUGGAGCAAGUAUGUGGCCACCCGGACACCGGCCGGAAGACAUUGACCUGACCAGUGGAUGAGAUUCCGGUGAUCUUUGCUGCACCUUUCGCUGCCAUUGUACAUAUGCGGGGUUGUACAUUUGGUCGAUCAACUCUUGACUCAGAACUCGCUGACCCUGCAAUGAUGUAGAUGAUGGUUGCGCGACUAAAAGAAGCCUGUUGUGUUAGGUUGUAGGAGAAUUUAUGGUGGUAAGGUAUCGAUCUUUAGUAGCGUUGUCUUCGUUCCUGAUGUAACCAUUAACUUGUUCGAAAGUGCAGAUCCUAUUGACAUGAAUUUGAACAUGGAUUUAUCUAUUACAAACAUGUUGGUGACUUUUCA